AUGUCUGGUAGAGGAAAAAAGGCGGCUGCGCCAAAGAAAAAAGCGAAUGGGUAUAAAAUGCCGGCUCCUAUUCCUUUAGGAGAAGUGAUAAAUGAUACAAUAGCCAAGAAAAAAUGGCGCAUCGGUCCUUCCAUAGGUGUUGGUGGUUUCGGUGAAAUUUACUCUGCGUGCGAACAUAAUGGUUCGCCGAAGAAAACUUCAAACUAUCCAUAUGUCGUAAAAAUUGAACCACAUGAAAAUGGGCCCCUGUUUGUGGAGAAACAUUUUUACAUAAGAAAUGCAAACAAAAAUGAUAUUGCUCAAUUCAUGAAGUCAAAGAAACUAGCAACGUUUGGAAUGCCAUUAUAUUUUGGAAAUGGUACACAUGAGUACAAGGGUGAGAAGUAUAGGUAUUUAGUAUUAGAGAGGUAUGGAAAAGACUUAUGGACCAUCUUCAAGGAUUCUGGAAAGAGUUUCACACCAACUACUGUAUUCCAGAUAGGGCUUCAAAUGUUAGAUGUAUUGGAAUAUAUACACAGCAAGGGUUACGUCCAUGCUGAUAUUAAAGGUGCUAACAUUUUGAUGGGUCUCAAGAAGGGUACUGAGAACCAAGCAUACUUAGUUGACUUUGGUCUGGCCACAAGGGUGGGGGAUAAGGAGUACAAACCAGACCCUAAGAGCGCACACAAUGGUACAAUAGAAUAUACCAGCCGAGAUGCACAUUUAGGAGCGCCAACAAUGCGCGGUGACCUGGAGAUCCUCGCCUACAACAUGCUGCAGUGGCUCGUGGGUGAGCUGCCGUGGGAGAAGCACCUCAAACAGCCAAAAACUGUGCAGAAUAUGAAGGAGGCAUUCAUGAAGAAUGUCCGCAAUGAGAUUACCAGCAAGUUUCCUGAUGUACCUGAAGCACUAAUCAAAUUUUUUGAAUACAUCAACACAAUGAAACCAAAAACAACUGUAGACUUUACGAAGUGCAGACAAAUAUUCGAAAGCUACUUGAAAUCCGAGGGAGCUAGCAAGACCAGCAAAAUAGUGUUGACACCAAGUAAGAAACGGAAAGUGACUAAAAUUGAACAUGUUCAAGAUGAUGACGAAGAUGACGAUGAUGUGCCUAUAGAAAAAGUUCUUAAGAAGAACACAAAACAAAAUAGCCACGUUAAAGUAGCGAGGCGUAAAAAACAGCUGGUUUCAGAAGAGGACUGUGAAAAUGAAGAGCCUGAAGACAGUAUAGAGAAGUUACCGCCUCGGAAGAAAAGAAAAUCAACAGAGCCAGCCGUGUUAGUUAAAGUUAAAAAGACCAGAAUGGUGCCAAAACCUACACCUCCACCUAAAAAGAACUUUACAAGUAUAGCUACUCAAACAUCAACAGAAAAACCUAAGCGAAGUCCCAGACAAGUGUCAUUUGACAGUCCAAUAUGUGAGAUAAUCGGAGAAAAGAAGGAAACUAAGAAAACCUCACCUAUGUCAAGUCCGGAUGUGUUUGAAGACUCCUUUGUUAUAGAAGAGAAGAAAAUUAAGCCCAAACGUAAACUUCUGUCCACUCAAGAAGUUACAGUUAAACGGGAGUUAAGAAAGAAAGUAGUUAAUGCCAAACCAAAAAAAGUGGUAAACGGACGAUCCCCAUCAAAG